AGUCCAACAAAACCUGCAAAAUCCCUACAUACGCAGAAGAAUAGACAAUUUUUCCAUGAACCUGAAGAAAGUUUCUGGAUGGUCAUGCCUGUUCCACUUUCUAGGUUGUGCGGAAUCCCAUAAUAGAGAAACACAAGGAUGGAAAGCCAGUCUAUGAAUAUCAGGAAGAAGAAUUAUUGGACAAGGUUUAUAGUUCAGUCCUACAGCAGUGCUACAGCAUGUACAAGCUUUUUAAUGGCACAUUCCUGAAAGCCAUGGAAGAUGGAGGUGUAAAAGUUCUCAAGGAGAGACUAGAGAAAUUCUUCCAUCGGUACCUCCAGACACUGCAUUUACAGUCUUGUGAUCUGCUGGAUGUGUUUUGUGGAAUCAGCUUCUUUCCACUGGAUAAAAUGACUUACUUGAAAAUUCAGUCAUUUAUUAAUAGGAUGGAAGAAAGUCUGAACAUAGUCAAGUAUACUGCAUUUCUCUACAACGACCAGCUUAUCUGGAGUGGACUGGAACAAGAUGACAUGAGAAUUUUGUAUAAAUACCUCACGACAUCUCUGUUUCCAAGGCACAUGGAGCCUGAGUUAGCGGGAAGAGAUUCUCCAAUACGUGCUGAAAUGCCAGGAAAUCUACAACACUAUGGAAGGUUUCUUACUGGACCUUUAAAUCUUAAUGAUCCAGAAGCAAAAUGCCGUUUCCCCAAAAUAUUUGUUAACACUGAUGACACUUAUGAAGAGCUUCAUUUAAUUGUUUAUAAGGCCAUGAGUGCAGCUGUCUGCUUUAUGAUUGAUGCUUCAAUUCCGCCUACGCUGGAGUUUUGCCGUAAACUGGACAGCAUUGUUGGGCCUCAACUCACCGUGUUAGCAUCAGACAUAUGUGAACAAUACAACAUCAACAAGAGAAUAUCAGGGGCUGAGAAGGAGCCUCAGUUUAAGUUUAUCUAUUUCAAUCACAUGAACCUGGCAGAGAAAAGUACCAUUCACAUGAGGAAAACACCCAGUGUAUCGCUUGCAUCUGUUCACCCUGACCUCAUGAAGAUUCUCGGUGACAUCAACAGUGACUUCUCCAGAGUUGAUGAAGAUGAGGAAAUUAUUGUGAAGGCAAUGAGUGAUUACUGGGUAGUUGGGAAAAAGUCUGACCAGCGAGAACUGUAUGUUAUUUUGAAUCAAAAAAAUGCAAAUCUGAUUGAAGUUAAUGGUAAGGAUUGUUUUUCACUACCUUUAAAUACAGUUACUACUAAAAUGUGUGUCCCUGGAGAAGUAAUAAAAUCCAUCUCACAAGAAAUAUAAGAGGGAUUGAUCUAUGAUAGACCAGGUAAGUUUGCAUAAGGCUUUAGUCUGCCUUCUACCAGCUGUGAAAGAACAGCAUAAAUAUUCAGCAGACAUUAUUAAUUAUUAAUCGGUCAUUCUUCCUCCUUCAAAUAGUAGAGAGCUCUGGGAGCUUGCUUUAGGAGUAAUUAAUGAAUUGUAUUGCAGGUGAGAUAUGAAAAUAUUUACAUCCGAGUUAAGUUUUAUUUGUCAGUGAUCCGUGGGGAGGUUACUUAUACAUAAUGCCUAUCCUGUCAGUGACGCUCAUGCCAUGGUUAUCUUGUUUUCUAAUGCUGUUUUGAGACUGAUUUACUACGGCUAAGAGCACAAAUUAAGAUGCAGUAAGCUUUCAAAUAGACUAAGAGAAAUGGCAGUUUGAGUCUUACUUGCAGCAAUUUUAGGGCUCUCUGUUUUAAUAUGAGGCAAUGUGCUCACUUGGAUGAUGGGAAAGAAUUGAUACUUCUCCAAGACCAAAGUCUAGCAACCUGAAUUUUUAAGACAAGAAUGAGUGGCAUGACUUAGUGCAGCAAUUUCUAAUUGGCUUUCAGGAUCAAACCUGCCAUACAGAAAGAGUAAAUGAGUGUUUCUGUGCCUGAUAAACUUAGGAAGUGCUGCUACCCCUGAAGUGUUGUCUGCCAAAUAGCAAAAAGCAAAAGUUUUGCUGACUUCAUUUAUUGUAACAGACUACACUAAUCCUUCCUUCCCCUGAAAAGGGGUUACUAUACUUCCUUGUGUUGAAGCUAAAUCUUCCGCUGUUGCAAUGUAAAAGCUUGACGAGAUGAAUGGCCCAGCAGCAAACUCAAGCCCUCAUUUACACUUUAGCCACUUAAAAUACAACUCAUCUUUCAGACAGUGUGAAACAUCAGACUUGACUCAACUUUCCCUUACUGAAGACAGAAUAAAAUUAAGUGUAUUUCUACAUUAGAAACUCCUAGGGUUUUUUCCUGUUUGACUUUCUAGAGCCCCAGAGUUUAUCUUGCAGUGGUUCCUGUAAAAUACCAUACUGAAAUAUCUUUUUAUUUUUUUACAGAAGAAGUGAAGAAACUUUGUGCAACACAGUUUAAUAAUAUUUUCUUCUUGGAUUGAUCUGCAAAGGGCCGAUUUAUUGAAGAUGUCAAUGUCAGACACUUGUUCAACAUGAGAAGUUAUUAGUCAUAUUAUUGACUGGAAUAAUGACAAUAGUAAAGCAAUACUUGCUUUGUAAGAAUCAGAAUUUCUACUAAAAUCUGUAAACUCUGAUCAUAAAAUUUUUAGAUUUUAAAAAUGUUUAUGUGCAAACUAAUUAAAAACCAGUCUGAAUUCAUCUGUACCAUUCCAUUCUGAUAUUGUUAUGUGAAUAUUUUACUGGAAAAUAAAACUAAAAAUUGUUACA